AUGUCCGACUGGCAGCUUGCCCACCCCGCAACCCUGGACCCCAGCAGCAGCCAAGCCCAUGCACAAGCCCCCUUUCCAGCAGACUGGCGCGCCCGGCUCUCGCCAGACCCCGCCGCCGGUGCCUGGGUGGCCCUGGGCAAGUUUGACGCGCUGCAUCGGGGCCAUGCGGCCCUGGCGGCCUGGGCGGCUGCCAGGCCGGGCGUCCCCUGGCUCAUCUCCUUCUCUGGCAUGGCGGCCGUGCUGGGCUGGAGGGAGCGGCUGCCGCUGGUGGCGCCUGGCGACCGGGCCCGCAUCCUGUCCGCCUGGGGCAAGGAGUUCGGGGUGACGCCGCGCGAGCUGCGCAUACCCUUUGCCGAGGUGCGAGGCAUGGAUCCAGAGGCUUUCCUGCGCCUCCUCUCCAAAGACCUGGGUGUGGCGGGCGUCGUGGUGGGCGAAGGCUUCCGCUUUGGAUACAAGGCGGCCGGAGACACGGAGUUCCUCGCUCGGCGCGGCGCCCAGCUGGGAAUGGAGGUGUGCAUCCAGGAGCUGGUGACUGGUGCGGAGGGGGAGGAGGCCGUGUCAUCCAGCAGGGUCAGGGACAUGCUGGCGCAGGGCGACUUGCGUGCUGUGCGCUCGUGCCUGGGCCGGCCCCACCGCUUGGUGCUGGCAGAGGGGGCGAACAUCGAGUGUCCCAGCGCCGCAUUCCUGAACCAGCCCCCGGGCCCCGGACUGUAUGCCGUGGAGCUGGGCGCAGGCGCUGGAGCCGGGCAGGCGCGGAUCUCGGCCCGUGGCCUGGAGAUCCUCGCGGCCAAUCAGAGUGCAUGGGAGCCGGGCAGAGGAGGGCAUGUCGACUUCUUGGAGCGGCUGGAUGGGUGA